AUGAAGUUUUCGGGCGAAUUUGAUACUCAACCUGGAAGGAGGCACGUCACUUGCGCCAAGUUUAAGAAUGAUGGAUUUCACUUCCGUCAUCCAUGGGUCUUCGCGAAGGAAGAUGAGGUUAAGCGCUUAAUGAGCUGUGUCGAUAGGAUGGUAGCACAGAUUGUUGACAUCAAGGACCAGGUUCAGCGUAUUGGUACCAGAACAUGA